AUGCCAAGGGGGCCAAACAUCACCGAGCAAGAGAAGGGCCAGAUAAUGGCUUUUCUUCAGCUCAAAAAGAGCUAUCGCUACAUCGCCAAAGCAAUCCAGCGAAGCAACAAGCUUGUACGGUCGUUUGUCCGAAGUAUUGGCCAACCAGUACCGCAAAAAAUGCAUGGGAGACCCUUCAAGCUCAAGCGCCGUGACGUCCGACGUAUCUUUCGCCUCGCCACCCGCAAGAACAUGUCGUGCAAGCAGAUUUCGGCUGCACUAGCGUCUAAAUUCGCCAAGUACAUCAAGCGCCGGUCCGACGGCCCCGACGGUUGCCAGUACUACUGGCACGACUUGCUCCAGGAUGUGGAGACGUACUCGAAACGUGUCGCAGGAGGUGGCUCGGUUAUGGUGUGGGGUGGCAUGAGUUUCUACAACAAGACCUCGUUAGCCUUCCUGGAGGGUCGCCAAAACUCCCGAAAGUACCAAGAAACCCUGCGAUCGCACCUGUUGCCCGCAAUGCGCGAACUUGUUGGCUUGGUCCCUAACCAUGAGGCCAUUUUUCAACAAGAUAAUGCCAUGCUGAUGACAAUCGACCAUCGCGUUGCCGGCGCCGGUGGCGUGGAGGUGAUUGAUCUGCUGUCGUCCUCAUCUGAUGACGAGGAUAAGUGUGGAGCGCCAGCUCAUUCAAUGGGAAUGCCUGUGGAGGUCGUGUCCCUCUCGAGCAGCAGCAGCUCCUCAAGUGGAGACGAAUCUCCUCAACCGUACCAUCGGAACAAGUCACAUCAGGCAUACUACCUCAGGGCGCCUCUGUCUCAACAGCACCCCACGAGUACCAAGCGUCAGGCAGAGGUCAAGGAUCCAUAUUCAUUCCUGGGCCAACCAACCAUGCGAUCUCAUCGACGACGUCGCCUGACACCAACUUCAACAUCACCGCCUCAACCGUCGCACGAACAACUCUCCCCACCGACAGUGACCCCAUCUUUCAAUUUAAGCCCACCUUCGUCCCCUAGCAGUCCUUUGUCUCCGACUCUACUCCACGCCUCUCCUGACUUGGUCGUAUCCUCCCAGCAGCCAACACCCGAUGAAACAACGUCACCCCCGCCGCCGCCCAUCCCGUUGUCCAACGACCCCGAAGCCAGGUUCGUCCAAGUGGUUCAAGUCGCCUACAGCAUCCAACGGCAUAUCUCUGACUACACAUACCUUGCACCUACGUUUACGAUUCCGCGUCAACAUCCGUGGCCACUCGCUUGGGCUGGGACUGUGGUCAACGUGUCGGCGUGUCGAGAAGCGUAUCGCCAUGGCCAAUUGCAUUCGCAUACUGUCGCUCAAGCCACAGCAUGCCACUUUGUAUGGGACGACGACGAGGCAGCGCUGCAGUGGAAGGUGCACCUAGCUGCCCUGUACGCAUACAAAGCCAAGUACGGGAACUUGGCGGUGCCACCUUCGUUUCAAGUUCCGCCCUGCAAUACCCACACCACAGAGAUGCUGCCACCACCACCUGAAUUAGACACGAUUUGGCCCAAAGAUGCGAGUUGUCUACCCCUCGGCCGCCUCGCGCAAGCUCUCCGCGCCGCCCCGCGGGGGAGUUUGUCCCAAUCGCAGCGGGAUCAACUCGACCAUAUUGGGUUUCUCUGGGACGAACGUCAAGUAACGUGGACAAAUCGACUUAUCGCCCUCAAAACGUUCAAGCACGUACAUGGCCAUAUGCAUGUGCCCACGCUGUUUGUCGUACCCGAUGACGACUCCCAGUGGCCCACUCCGACCCAUGGCCUUCCACUGGGCUGGAUUGUAGCGUCACUUCGCCAACAUAAACGGACGCUGCUGCCCGAGCAGGUUCAACUGCUCACUGCGCUCGGGUUUGUGUUUACACCGCCGCAGUACCACCUCGGAUUAGCCAGAAAAUCGCCGCCCCAUACUCUACCGAGAACUUACCCCAGAAACCUCGUCGCAGACCCAAGGGUACCCGUUGCCAAGACAAUAACAGCCCACAGCCCAAAACGAGCAGACGUGUUCACGUACUGCAAUGUGGACGCAGACAUGUACUACCUGGGCGCGUACGCCACCGCCCGGUUUCCCAUGUUUGGAGCGAGAGCCCUUCCGCCGACUGUACAGUGGACAGACUAUGGCGAAGUUGUGCGAGAGGAUAUAUGGGCUGGACAGCAUGGCCAGUAACAAAGUGAUCGCUGCUGAUGUCGACAAUAAUGCAAGUUUGGGUUCUAACGAGGAGAAUCAAGGGUGGUAUGAUGAAAGACACCAAUUUGUAGUUUGCCUUGAAGUUAUUAACAGCGG